UGAACCAGAGAAAUUCUAUAGUCAAUUUGUUCUCAGGCUUCAUGCCUGAUAAAUGGAAGCAGAAGAUCGAGGAGGAUGCAAAGAGGAAGGUCAGGCUUUAUAACCUCAUAAUGCUCAUUUUCUCCCUUUUCGGAACGGCUAUCUGAAUCAUUCUGCUAGAAACCAACGAUCAGUGUGAUAGCAUACCAAGCUAUAUCUGCAAAUCAAUUGUUUCAGUUACCACUUUCUGAGCAAUCAUCUUCAAUUACCUUGAAGCUAGACAUCACAGAAUCCUGAAGGAUGCAGAGAACAACUUCGUUAGAGGUUCAGAUUAUUAUAAUAAAUCAAGAAAGCGCAACUUCUCACUUGUAUUCACCUCCUUCAUACUCCUGAUCCAUCCGUUCCCUGGAGUUUGAAUGGAGAUUGAGAUAGAGGAGGAUGUUGCAAAGAUCCAAUACCGAUUGGACCAACUCUUAAUGCUCCUCACACUUCUGAGACUUGGGUAUAUUUUCAGAACAGUGAUUCUUUACUCUAAGUGGGACAAAGCUAAAGGAAAGCAAGAGCUGGAAGAGAAGAAUAUUACUAAAAGUUACUAUUUUAUUUAUAAGGAAAUGAUUGAGAAGAACCCUUUCAAAGCUCAAAUGGUUAUUCUUCUGAUAUCUUCAGCAGUUUGCAUGAUUUUCUUACGAUUUGCAGAGAAGCCAUAUGAAGAACAUUCAGGAUUUGACUGGAGCUUGUGGAACACAUUCUAUUGAGUAAUAAUCACAAUGACAACAGUGGGCUACGGAGAUUUCUACCCUUCAACCUUUUGGGGAAGAGUUAUAGGAAGCAUUAUCUGAGUGAGCGGGCCUCUUAUACUCACUCUUUUUGCCACUACCUUUCUCGACUUGAUGAAAAUGACUCCUCAACAGGAAAAAGCUUAUAAUCAGACAAAGAGAGAACUCAUACUGAGAAACAGCAAGAAAUCAGCAAAGUGGAAAGGCACAUAUGAGCAUGAAAGUGCUGAGGUCAUAAAAAGUUACUUAGAGGAAAGUAAGAGAGAGAGCCAUCAACUUAGUAGUCUAAGAGCUCAAAUAUGAGCUAAUAUAAACAUUAGCCGUGAACCAUCAGAGAAAGAAGAAGACUAUUUCAAAAUCCGAAGAGAGGAGCUUAGGGAUCUGGCUCAGCCAAAGGUAGAUGAAAUCUUAAAACAUCUCGCUUUAAUUGAGAGUUUUAAGCUAUCUGAAUAA